AUGACUCUCGGUCUCAUGAAUUCACCAUACCGCUCGUUUGCCGCUCGGCCAGUGAUGCUGAGUCUGGCCAAGCUUGUGCUCGUUGCGAUAUGGCAAAUUCCUUUCACCACGGCGGCGCCUGUCUUCUCGCGGCUUGUUCUGUCAUCUCCCGACACAGAACAGGGGAAGGAACCGAGCGAUCCAAGUUUAUGGCUUUAUUUGGGAUUUUCGGCUGCUCUUGUGUUGAGCGGUGGAGCAUUCGCGGGUCUUACGAUUGCCCUGAUGGGACAGGAUGAAGUUUACCUCCAAGUCAUCCAGACAUCUGGCGAAGGGCACGAGAGGAAAAAUGCUACUAGUGUUCUCAAUCUCUUGAACCACGGAAAACAUUGGGUUCUUGUGACACUACUCCUCAGCAAUGUGAUCACAAAUGAAACUUUACCCAUUGUCCUUGACCGCACGCUUGGUGGUGGUUGGCCGGCAGUGUUAGGAAGCACUGCUUUGAUUGUCAUCUUCGGCGAGAUUGUUCCACAGUCUAUCUGCGUUCGUUAUGGUCUUCCCAUCGGUGCCUGGAUGGCGCCUUGCGUCCUGGUCUUGAUGUACAUCAUGUCUCCAGUCGCCUGGCCAAUCGCAAAGCUGCUAGACAGGCUGCUUGGAGAGGACCAUGGUACCAUCUACAAAAAGGCCGGAUUGAAAACACUCGUCACACUCCACAAAACAUUGGGCGAAGCCGGAGAGCAACUAAACUCCGAUGAAGUGACCAUUAUCAGUGCGGUCCUCGACCUCAAAGAGAAGUCAGUCGGCAGCAUCAUGACACCGAUGGAUGAUGUCUUCACCAUGUCUGCAGACACUGUGUUGGACGAACGCACAAUGGACCUCAUUCUUUCUCAGGGAUAUUCUCGCAUUCCAAUCCACGCUCCUGAGAAUCCGAUGAACUUUGUCGGUAUGCUCCUUGUCAAGAUGCUCAUUACCUACGACCCGGAAGAUUGCAAACGGGUCCGUGAGUUUGCUCUGGCUACACUUCCUGAAACACGCCCUGAAACCAGUUGUCUCGAUAUUGUGAAUUUCUUCCAAGAGGGCAAGUCACAUAUGGUUCUUGUAUCUGAAUAUCCUAGCGAGGAUCGUGGCGCUCUUGGAGUUGUCACCCUGGAAGAUGUCAUUGAAGAACUGAUUGGAGAAGAAAUCAUUGACGAAUCUGACGUCUUUAUUGAUGUCCACAAAGCCAUCCGACGAAUGACGCCUGCACCCAAGUCUCGUGUCGCCAAAGGCAAGAUCGUCGAGGAACCUCCUUUGAACCCCUCUAUCAUUCCCGAUGGCGACUUGAUCGACGUGAAUUCCACACAACCCUCAUCUUUCCCUAGGCCUUCCGAUUUGAUUCGCCGCCGCAGUUCCGUGGAAGCACCCCUCCCUCGCUUUCAACUUCGAAAGACUACUGCCGACAUGAAUUCUGACUCGGCAAAUGAGUGGGUUACACAAGUCGGCGCCACAGAUGAGAUUCGAGAACACCUAAAACAUCUUGGUCCUUCCAAUCUGGCCAGUAGGCCGCGCCAAACCCGUUACCAUUCCGUCAAGAUCAAGCGCAACGGCACCUCUCCGUCCCGUUCUGCACAAACCGACUUUGAGUCCGGACAAAGCACCUCCGACUCCCAAAAGCUUCUUCCUUCUUCUACCGCAUACCAAGGUGGCAUAGGUGCGGGCUUGCUCAACUCCGCUGGAACAGACGCGAAAGACGGUGCGCAUGCUCUCAAACUGGGCUACGGCACCAUGCUUUCGCACGACAGUGUAAGCAAAAGCACCGGUGCUCAUCAAUACAAGGACCUUCCCCAAGUCUCCAUUCCCGAGGCCGUUCGUGAGGAACAUGAAGACCUACCGCGUUCUGGGCCGGCGCGGGAGGCUAGUAGUGAUGCUCUACGUGACGAUUCCGAAAACCAACCGCGUUCUGGGCCGGCGCGGGAGGCUAGUAGUGAUGAAGGCAGUGUUGAAUCGUCUGGUACACCAGGCUUCGUUUACCACCACCGCGGACCGGCGCGCAGUGGAAGCAUCACAGAACAGAUCGUGGAUGUCAAUGGUAUCCGGAAAGUUGUUCUGCAUGCAAAUUGCACCAGUUCUUCCGAGGGGGAAUCCCAUGCACCAGGCCAUGAUCACAACCACGACCAGCAUCAUACCGAUGGUGCGGUCCUUGAGACCGAUGUUACAAAAUCCGAAACCCCCGACGCCGGCCACGCAAAACCCAAAAAGAAGCGUCGCCGAAAGAAGCAUGGCAAGGCUUCAAAGUCUGAUGGCGGUCCCUCAGAGAACCAGCCGUUGCUUUGA